AUGGAAGAAGAUUUGACGCAUAUAAGAAGGAAAAGACUGACAACAGCAUCUGGACUUGUCUGCUUGGAAGAUUAUCCUUAUACUGUAUCCAUAAGGUUACACAGCAAGCAUUGGUGUGGAGGAGCGAUUGUUGGAAACCAAUGGGUCAUAUCAGCUGCACAGUGUUUCGAUUAUGUUACAGAAGAAGAGGUUACAGUGCGAAUGGGCUCCGUGUUUAGGGACAGCGGAGGCAGGAUCGUAUCAGUUAUAGACAUCCAGCGUCAUCCCAGAUAUAGAACUGACCAAUACUACCCAGAACAUAAUCUAGCUUUAAUCAAGCUAGGCAUACCAAUACUACGUAACAACCGAGUGCAACCGGUAGCGCUGCCUCAAGCGGAUGCUAACGUUCCGCCACUGUUCGGAGAAGUGGUUGUCACUGGAUAUGGAUCGGUGAUAACAGGUCAAAUUCGGGAAGGCGUAAAUCAAGAAUUGCGUCGUAUGAUAGUGAAGGAAGUUCCUCGACCAGAAUGCCGUGUUGUUUAUGGAAACGAAUAUCAGAUUCAACACGACCACAUGUGCUUGCUGAGUGUUGUCCAGGGAAUAGCUUUAUGCGCGGGUGAUACAGGAGACCCAGCAGUACAUUUCAGUGGGAUAGACCGUGGCGGUACAUUGUUUGGAAUAGCUUUAUUUUCUGGAACCGAAGAAUGCGCUUACAAAUCGAAGCCUGGAAUAUUUGCAAAGGUAUCAUACAGCCGUGCGUGGAUAGACAAAGUUAUAAACGAAACUUUACCUACCGAGAGUGUUGAAAGCAUCGAAAAUGCUAUACCUAUUGAUAUGAAU